CCCGCAACCCCUCAUCCUCUCCAAGGCUAUGGCUGCGGAAGAGAUUUUGGAGACUGUGGAUCACUACAAGUCCGAGAUCGAGAGACUGACCAAAGAGCUCACAGAAACAACCCAUGAAAAGAUACAAGCUGCUGAAUACGGGCUGGUGGUCUUGGAAGAAAAACUCACCCUCAAGCAGCAAUAUGAUGAGCUAGAAGCUGAAUAUGAUGUCCUUAAACAGGAGCUGGAACAACUGAGAGAGGCAUUUGGACAAUCAUUCUCAGUCCACCGUAAAGUAGCUGAAGAUGGUGAGACACGUGAGGAGACGCUCCUUCAGGAGUCCGCAUCAAAGGAAGCCUAUUACCUAGGGAAGGUCUUGGAAAUGCAGAAUGAGCUGAAACAAAGCAGAGCUGUUGUUACCAACUUUCAGGCGGAGAAUGAACGACUGACAGCGAUUGUGCAGGACUUGAAAGAGAGCAAUGACAUGGCAGAGCUGCAGAGAAUUCGGAUGAAAGAUGAAAUAAGGGAAUACAAGUUCAGAGAGGCAAGACUCCUUCAGGACUAUACAGAACUUGAAGAAGAAAACAUUACUUUGCAAAAGUUGGUUUCCACACUGAAACAGAAUCAGGUUGAAUAUGAAGGUCUGAAGCAUGAGAUAAAACGAUUUGAGGAAGAGACUGUGUUGCUUAAUAGCCAGCUAGAAGAUGCCAUCCGGUUAAAGGAGAUUGCUGAACAUCAGCUAGAGGAAGCCCUGGAGACAUUAAAGAAUGAGAGGGAGCAAAAGAACAACCUGAGGAAGGAACUUGCCCAGUAUAUCAAUCUAAAUGAUAGUAUGUAUAAUAACCAUAUUAAUAUCUCGGUAGAUGGAUUAAAGUUUGGAGAGGAUGGGAAUGAACCUAAUAAUGAUGAGAAAAUGAAUGGACACAUUCAUGGACCCCACAUGAAAAUGAAUGGUGACUUUCGGACUCCCACAGUUAGGAAAGGAGAAUCUCUAAACCCCGUUUCUGAUCUCUUCAGUGAGCUCAACAUCUCCGAAAUGCAAAAACUGAAGCAGCAGCUCAUGCAGGUAGAGCGUGAGAAAGCUAUUCUCCUGGCUAAUCUACAGGAGUCACAGACGCAGCUGGAGCAUACGAAGGGAGCACUCACUGAGCAACACGAACGGGUCCACAGGCUGACUGAGCACGUCAAUGCUAUGAGGGGUCUGCAAAGCAACAAAGAGCUGAAAGAGGUGGAUUUUGAGAAGGGCCGAGAUUCUGAAGAAGAAACCCAUGACUACGAAGUAGACAUCAAUGGCUUAGAGAUUCUGGAAUGCAAAUACAAAGUAGCUGUUACAGAGGUGAUUGACCUCAAGGCCGAAAUAAAGGCCUUAAAAGAGAAAUACAAUAAAUGUGUUGAAAACUACACAGAAGAAAAGGCAAAGUAUGAGGGUAGGAUCCAGAUCUAUGAUGAGCAGGUGACAAACCUGGAAAAGUCGACUAAGGAAAGCCAUGAGAAAAUGAUGCAGAUGGAAAAGGAGCUGCAAAGGAUCACGGGCGUUGCAAACGAGAACCAUAAUACUCUCAACACAGCCCAGGAUGAACUGGUGACUUUCAGUGAGGAACUUGCUCAGCUCUAUCACCAUGUGUGUCUGUGUAACAAUGAAACUCCUAAUAGGGUUAUGCUGGAUUAUUACAGGCAAAGCAGAGUUACUAGAAGUGGGAGCCUAAAGGGACCUGAUGAUCCAAGAGGGCUUCUGUCUCCACGGUUGGCCAGGAGAGGAAUGGCGUCCCCAAUAGAAGCCGCCAGGACACCGACUGAACAGAUUUCAAAAGAGAGCACAGAAGCCAACAAAGAGCAAAGCCCAACAAAGACACCCACAAUUUCUCCUGUCAUCACAGCCCCUCCUUCCUCCCCAGUUUCCGACACCAGUGACAUUCGCAAAGAGCCAAUGAAUAUUUACAACCUGAAUGCCAUAAUAAGGGACCAAAUCAAGCACUUGCAGAAGGCUGUUGAUCGGUCGCUGCAGUUGUCCCGGCAGCGUGCGGCAGCCCGUGAACUCGUACCUAUGAUUGAUAAGGAUAAGGAAGCCUUAAUGGAAGAAAUACUGAAACUGAAGUCCCUGCUGAGUACAAAACGAGAGCAGAUAGCAACCCUCAGGGCAGUGUUGAAAGCCAACAAACAGACAGCUGAAGUGGCCCUGGCUAAUCUGAAGAAUAAAUAUGAGAACGAGAAGGCCAUGGUGACAGAAACCAUGACUAAACUGCGCAAUGAGUUAAAAGCUUUGAAAGAAGAUGCAGCAACCUUCUCAUCCUUGAGAGCCAUGUUUGCAACCAGGUGCGAUGAAUAUGUCACGCAGUUGGAUGAGAUGCAGAGGCAAUUGGCAGCUGCAGAGGAUGAGAAGAAGACGCUAAACUCUUUGCUGCGGAUGGCUAUCCAGCAAAAACUCGCCCUCACCCAGCGUCUGGAAGACUUAGAGUUUGAUCACGAGCAGUCCCGGCGGAGCAAAGGCAAACUUGGGAAGAGCAAGAUCGGCAGCCCUAAAGUAAGUGAGGAGGCAUCAGCCACCGUGCCAACCAUAGACACUUUCCUCCUGCAUAGUCAGGGCCCACAGCAACCAAACACACUGGUCAGCAGUGGCACUCAGAGGAAAAGACUAUUCUCACCUUCCCCUUGUGAUCAGAGCCAUCCCAGGACUUCAGGGAACUACCUACUGCCUUUAUUAAGAACCCCCCCUGAUCACACCUCCACAGAAUCAUUUCUUCUGAGGGGCCCCCCUUCCAUGAAUGAAUUCUUCCAUGGGCACCGUCUCAGCAAGGAAAAAAGGUUAACCGUGGCCAUCCCAGUUAUGGCACCAGUGGACCGUUGCCAAAUGCAAGACAUCCCUCAUGAGGAGCACUUGAGAGGAAUUUUCAUGAAGUUUGCAUCUAGGCCCAGUACAUGUUACCAAAUACAAGAUUGUCAGCAGCCUGCUGCCUCCAUACCGCCACACGGCUCACAACUAGCCAGGAGGCGAGACUGCCAGACUGUCAGUCUUGAUGUAGCUCUUCCAGAAGAACAGCCACAUUCCAGCUCUCAGUGUGCCCCCCUCAGCUGUCUACCUAAGCCUCCUCCUUAACCCUAAUCUUCAUAUGCAACCUAAGAGUUCGGGGAAACCCCCACAAAACACAAACUGAGUCAGAGUUCUCACAGCAAAAGUACAGUUUGCGCCGAAGGAACCAGUAGGCAUUACUGCCUUGUUGGCUGCAUCGAUGAGUCUGGUCACAUAUCUACAGUCUUAACAACUGAGGAUGUGUAGAAGAGCAUAAAGCACAGUGCCCAAACAGUUCAAAGAAGAUCUUUAAGGUUCCUCUGGAUUACAUUCAGAUAAUCAUGACUGCAGUUUGGAAGUCAAAACAUGUUCCUCCCAGCCACUUGGCGUGAACGGCUAAUGUGCUGAGAACCUAAACUACUACUGAAGCAAAACAAAGGAAGUAUGUUACAAAACCUUAUUUUGACAGUUCUGCUACAACCACCAACCCGUUUUCCUUUCUAUGGUUAAAGGGUGUUCUAUACCUUUCUUUUCUUUUCACCAUAUUUGCACCAUGAGUUUAUGUUUAUUAGAAAUGCAGUCCAUGUUGUGUGAGUGUUUUUAUUCAACUUUUUUAAAGCAACACAGAAAAAGGUUAUGGUGGGAAUUAUUAUUUUCAGUUAAUGUUUUUAUUUUGUAACUGAAGAUUGUUCACUUGGUCAAAAUGUUUGGCCUGGUGUUGUGUUUUUCCUUAAUUGCACAAAAAUAUUGAAAGUGAGUUGAAUUGGAAUGUGAACUUUGGGGGCAUUCCAGAGAAAGUGGGUGUGCCUGAAUCUCAUUGAAAUAAAUAGGCACACAGUAAAACAUUUAAGUCCCAUUGAUUUCAAUAGAGUUCUGGCAUGCCUAACUUUCUCUGUAUUGUGCCCAUUGACUUGUACUUUUCUGCUGCACUGGUAUUGUUUACGCACUUGUUUUAUAAACUAAUAUGUUAGCUGCUGGUUGUUGUUUUACUACUUCAUUGGAAUCUGAUUAAGCCUAAGAUGGUUUUAUUGAACAAUGUGUUGAUAAUUGUUUCCUUGUGGUUAACUUUAGUGUUUGUGAGUGGGGUUUUGUUUUGGGGAUUCCCCCCCCCCUUUUUUUUUUUUUUUUUGCAUUUCAGACAAGAUGAUAACUUGGUGCUCUUCUUUUUUCAGUUUGGUAUCCAACAAAAAAAAUAUGGAAAUGAACUUGAAGUAA